AUGACAUACCUUCGCCGCCGCUCUUGCAGGCCUUCGGGCCUCGAGAUGACAUCUGACCACAUCCGCCUCACACACUGGCUCAAGCUCAAGCUCCAGGAUAAAAUCUCCGAAAACAUCCAGCUCAAGUACGCGGUUAAAAGAGACGAGGCCACCACAUAUAUUGCCCUGCAGAGAGUAAGUGAAUGGCACCCUCUCCUCAGCCGCGCGAACACUCCAUGGUUUCUAUACGAUGACCACCUUCUUGCCGCGAUCAAGGAAUGUCCCUGGGAUCUCGAUAACCAGCAGAUUGCGAUCCUCCUCGGGCGGACUACCGAAGAGAUCGAUGAUCGGGUAAACCACUACGAUAUGGUUAUGGCGAGAGAGACCGCCAAGUUGCACUGGUGGCCGAUGCGGAAACACGCCUGGAUGGCCAAGAUUGCUGAGAGGGAGCUGGUCCAGCUGAAGCAUACAUUUGCGCUGCAUCUUUGGAGCUCUCGUGUUAAAGGUUGCCCAACCGGCUACAGCUAUCUGACACAGGAGAUACCCAAGAGAUACCCAGAUAAGAGGCUAUCUUUUGCUAUUCGUCAGGAGAUUGCCGUCUAUAGAGUGCCUGAAGUCGAUCCAGCAAGGGCUGAUCCGCUGGCUUCCCACAUAUUUUCAGGCGAAGGCGGUUCCCGGCGGUGGAAUGAUCUGACCAGCCCGAAAUCAGUAAGGACCGCCGUUGAAGAGACAGGCGAUCUUGCCUGA